AUGACUACAGCACAUCGUCCAACUUUCGAACCAGCACGUGGUGGAUCUGGUAGAAAUGAGGGCGAUCUUUCCAAAUUAUCACAACAGUACUCAAGUAAGGAUAUGCCUUCACACACUAAACUAAAAUAUCGUCAAAAAGGACAAGGUCAUUCUGAUGAUAUCAGGUCAAAAGAUUUACGACGUGAAUUAGAAGAAAAGGAAAAGGCUGUUGGACGGGAGCGAAGAAGCCGAGGCAGUGGUUGGAAUAUGCAAAAAAAGCCAAGAUUGGAGAGCUCGGCAACAAAUGCUCAAGAUGAAGACGAACCUUAUGAUGAUGACCUUAAUGAAAAUUCGGAUUCCGAUGAGGAUGACACAGCAGAAUUGAUGGCAGAGUUGGCGCGCAUUAGAAAAGAAAGGGCAUUAAAAAAAGCUCAGCGUGAUGCUGCUUUGGCUGAAGAGCAGGAACGAAUCAGAACUGAGCAUAUUCUGCACGGUAAUCCCUUGCUCAAUUCUGAAUCUACUGACUUUAAGGUGAAACGUCGUUGGGAUGAUGACGUAGUUUUCAAGAAUUGCGCAAAAGAUAUAGAAGAACGUAAAAAGGAACAGGUCUUUAUCAAUGAUGCUAUCCGCUCCGAAUUUCAUAGAAAAUUCAUGGAGAAAUACAUCAAAUGA